AUCAAAGUCAUUUUCCCCCCACGCCCUCCCUCUCUCCUCCCUCCUUUCCAAUGUCUCACUCUCUCCUAAAUUCUUUGCUCCCAAUCCCACACCAAACAAAACUCUCCAAACCCUCUCACUCUAAAUCAAAGACCCCUAAUUCCUAUCUCAAGGGAUUUGGCUCCCGUUACCCCCCAAUUCCAGUUGGAAGCAACAACAGUCGCAGUUCAAAUAAAAUCAUUGUGUGUGAGAAAAUGGAGGACGAUGGGUUCUACAUGAGGAAAUGCGUCGAAUUGGCCAAGAAAGCAAUUGGGCGAACAGCCCCUAAUCCAAUGGUGGGCUGCGUCAUCGUCAAGGGCGAUGAAAUUGUGGGUCAAGGGUUUCAUCCUAAAGCUGGUCAGCCUCACGCUGAGGUGUUCGCUCUAAGGGAUGCUGGCAUUCUGGCAGAGAAUGCAACUGCUUAUGUGAGCCUAGAACCAUGUAACCAUUAUGGGAGAACCCCUCCUUGCACAGAAGCAUUAAUUCGUGCGAAAGUGAAAAGGGUGGUUGUUGGAAUGGUGGAUCCAAAUCCAAUUGUAGCUUCAAAAGGUGUUGAAAAACUCAGAGCAUCAGGAAUAGAUGUCACAGUAGGUAUAGAAGAAUUGUUAUGUCAGAAACUCAUUGAGGCAUAUACACAUCGAAUGCUUACCGGAAAGCCAUUUGUGACCCUGAGGUACUCGAUGUCAUUUAAUGGAAGAAUUCUAAAUCAUCUCGGAAGAGGAGCUGAGGAAUCAGGUGGAUACUACUCUAAACUUCUUGAGGAGUAUGAUGGAAUUGUUAGUUCUAGUAACUUUUACACCAGAACCUCCAAUUUACCAGUAUCACAUGAAACUGGAGCCAAUCAACCUCUUCAAAUUGUUAUAACAAACGGGGAUUCAUUACAGAUUCCCGAUUCCAUUUCUAAAUCUUCAGCUCGUAUAGUUGUCUUGGCAGAAAAACAAAUAAUUGUAGAGCCAGAAUCUGAAGGUGUUGAAGUAGUUGUUAUUGAACAGAUGAAUUUGAGGAAGAUUCUAGAUUACUGUGGCCAGCAGGGAUUGUGUAGUGUGAUAAUAGAUAUCAGAGGGGAUGAUGGGUAUCUUGGUGAUCUUCUAGAGGACGGUCUGAAUGAGAAUUUGGUGCAAAAGGUUGUAAUGGAACUGUGCCCGGUUCUUGAUAGAAAUCAGGAGUCCUCCAUUUUGACAUUUGGAAAGAAAUCACUGAGUUUGAGGGAUUUACAGUUGAGGGUUUCGAAUGACAGUGUUAUAGUGGAAGGAUACAUCUCAUAGUCAUACAGAAGCCAUACAGAAGGCAACAAAUAUCUUCUCCCAAAAGGAUACCUUUGUGAUCAAAUUUUUUGAAGGAUACGAUUUCUUCAGCAUAACCUACUUGGUAGGCUGGUUAUUUUUAUGGCUUAACCUUAAUCUUCUGUUGUCUUUUUUUUUUCUUUGGUUCACUCGGUUAUUCACGCCUCUUCAUCAUACAUCUGUUGUUAAUUGCUACUGGCUAUUGCUACAAAUUUACAUUUCAGUGAGGCUUGAGGCCACAACUUUUACUGUGAACUGAAUGGUGUCUCAGAUUCUUGAGGUUUGAGGUACUGGAGCAAAUCUCCAUGUAAAAUGAAGGUGGUCCAGGUGCUAGAAAGAUCAACAGAGAAUAAUCAGCCAUUAUAUGAACAUCAAGGACUUGAUUUAUUUGGCGGACUGCUUGCUUUUGGUUCUUUGACCUCUGAGGAUGCAAAACUAUUCCAGCAUCCGAGAGUGACCACCAUUAUUUUUUAUAUCUGUGAAGAGCCUGAGGAUUGUCAUCAUGCCGUUAGGACUUGCUACAUUUUUACCUUUUUGUAUGGCCUUUUUUUUUUUGCCUUUUCAUUUCUUCUGCUUUUUAUAUUUGCAUAUUAAACUCCCUAUUGCUUUAUCUAUUACUGAAUUAAAGAUCCUUGUGGGACGGAUUGAUUGUUGAUUA